CCGUUUAUUCAUCAGUUCGUCUUUAUCACUUUACAAUCCUGCUCUGAUAGGAAGGUAUUUGUCGCCAUCAUAUGGUGUGACACUCGAACAACAGCGGAAAAGUAGGUCAAACUGUGGUGACGUCAGACGCAAAAAAGCGUCACUGUAUUCCUCAUCGAUCGCAGGUGUUUCUCUACUGGUCUCCGUGGAGCAGUUACUGUACGUAUUUAGAAUGACAUUGGGAGCGAUUGCCUCUGUGAUCCUCGCCAUAGGAGGAGCCGCAAUGUUUUCUGCUCUUCAUAAGAUUGAGGAAGGACAUGUGGGUGUUUACUACAGAGGUGGAGCUCUGCUGACCACCACCAGUGGCCCUGGAUUUCAUCUAAUGCUGCCGUUCAUUACUUCGUUCAAAUCUGUACAGACAACCCUACAAACAGAUGAAGUAAAGAAUGUUCCUUGCGGCACAAGUGGAGGUGUAAUUAUCUACUUUGAUCAGAUUGAGGUGGUGAACUACCUUGUUCCCUCAGCAGUUUAUGGCAUUGUGAGAAACUUCACUGCUGACUAUGACAAAGCCCUGAUUUUCAACAAGGUUCACCAUGAGCUGAAUCAGUUCUGUAGUGUGCACUCACUUCAGGAGGUCUACAUAGGUCUAUUUGAUCAAAUAGACGAGAAUCUAAAGCUCACGCUACAGGAGGAUCUUACCAACAUGGCACCUGGACUCAUCAUUCAGGCAGUCCGUGUUACCAAACCAAACAUUCCAGAAAGCAUUCGCAGGAACUAUGAAUUAAUGGAGAGUGAGAGAACAAAGUUACUGAUUGCGGCUCAGACACAGAAGGUGGUAGAGAAGGAGGCAGAGACGGAGAGGAAAAAGGCUGUCAUUGAGGCAGAGAAGGUGGCACAAGUGGCUGAAAUCAAAUUUGGACAGAAAGUUAUGGAAAAAGAAACAGAGAAAAAGAUAUCAGAAAUUGAAGACAGUGCUUUCCUUGCUACGCAGAAAGCAAAAGCAGAUGCAGAUUUCUACACCGCACAGAGAGCAGCUGAGGCCAAUAAGCUCAAGCUGACCCCCGAAUAUCUCCAGCUGAUGAAAUUUAAGGCAAUAGCAGCUAAUAGUAAGAUUUACUUUGGUAGUGAGAUCCCUCACAUGUUUAUGGACUCAGGACCAGGAAGCUCCUCCUCCGCUGCUUCCAAAGCCAUAGACGCCCUCUCAGAGGGGAUACUGGACUUGGAAUGAUGUGAGAUGGGGUAGAACUCUGGGUUGUAGCAUUGAGAAUAAAUUAACGGGUAAUAGCCUAAGACUAAUAGCCUGUCUGUAGACUGCAUUGGGACAAUCUGCAGCUGAAACCACUUCAGUAAAGUAACACGGUGCUUUACCUGUAUCUAUACCCUGGUGACUUGAUCACAAGCCAGUGAUGCUUGAACAGAGUAUUAUACUUUUCAAUAGAACAGAAUGUGGCAGUUUGAAUUUGAAUGUGACAAUGUACGCACAAGAUUUGUGCAUGGUUUAAAAUAUCGUUUAUAAACUGAAACAGUCAUUAUGUUGUUUGUUUAUUACACUGAGGGAUUGGUUUAUGUACUUAAUUGACUUCUUUGCAUCUUAAAGGCUUGUAUACCUCAGGGAUUAUUUUAUUGGCUUUACCUUAAAUUACUUUUUUUUCCCCCCCUCAGAAUGAAUGAGUGUUUUCGAUUAGGAUGUUCAAAAAAAAAAUUGCCGUUUGUUUUAUAUUUUCUCUUGCUUAGUAAACUAGCUCCAUCUAUGGGGAAAAAAUGGGGACAUUUGGCCAAGUACUGAGAGAAUCUAUUGAGAGAGGUAAGAAAUUCUAGUGAGAAGAUAUUUGUGUAAACCAACAGCAGAGUAAGGUCAUGUGAUAACUGUAGCAUAAAGCAUUUCAUUUGUUGCUAAAUCUAGAAGUACUGCAUUAUAUACAAAUUAAUAUGUAUAUAUGUGUGUGUAAAUUGUGUGCAGAGUUUUAGUAUUUUGAAUGCACUAUACAAAUUAUGAAUUUUGAAUACACUGACUAUAUAACGAUGUCCUCCUUUAAAUCGGCAGGCGUUUUGUGCCUUCUCUAGCUCGUGUGCAGCAUUGAUAAGCCCAGAGCGGGACUGUGAUCGCUUAAACCUUCCAGUUCUUCUGUCACUUUCACAUUUCAAUGGUUUUGAGUGUUGACACAGAAAUGAGUCUUUGUCUCAGUCUGGUCAUUGACCUUGAAAAAUGUAUCAUGUCUGUGGGCUGUUUCUCACUCAUGGAAUGUUUAUUCAACUUCUUGGUUAGUUAUGUUUUCAAUAUGUUCCAUAAACAAUUUCCAUUUCUCCAUUUCUUCCAUUUCUUUUCUAAAAUUGUUACAUAUGAAGAUCAUGUUCAGUAUAUCUCAUUCUAGUACCAACUAAUGGAUCAACUCAUCUGGAUCAAUAGCUUGCUUCCAUUUGUAGUUAGUAUGUUAACAUAUACAUAUCUGGAACUGUAAGGAAGUAAAAACUUUGCCACUGAUAUGUGUAUAAAUGUUGUUAAAUAAACAGCACACCUCAUAUUUGUACAUUUGAAAUUAUAUAUUAAUCCCAUUAGUGUUACAGUCUUUAAAAGCUGUAAUUUAGUGAGAACUUAAGUGUGACAGAACAAUUGUGUUUAGGCGGAGACUUUUGUUUUAAACAUUUUAGCAGAUUGUGUAAUACUUUGUUAAAAAUUUCAGAGACUCAUCAGAAAUUCCCAAAGACCUUUACUGUUCUUGUCUGUUUUUUUGCUGGAACAUUGAGUGUGUUUAGAAUCACGGCCUCUUUUUUGUGUCAAGUUCAGUUUCUUUAUUUCAUGUAUGUUAACAAUAUUUAAAAGUUGUCUAUGUAUUGGGUGGGUAAUUGUUUAUACAUUAAAGUGUUUUUUUUUUCAUUAAA